CCUUUCAAGCAUUUGAAUAGUUUCCAUCCUCCACCGUUGCACCACGCAACGUAGCCAGAAAAUCUGUACAAACGACGUUAGGAAUUUUCCCUCGCAAAAGUUCGUUGUAUUCAAUACGCAACGGUUGCGUUACGGCAAUCUUGGGGGUACAAAAUCUACCACAACAUCGCAUUUUUAAGAUUUUGUUAAUCGUAGAAGCUUAGGCAUGUCCUUCCCAAGAGCAAGAAUACAACGUUUCAACGAAUUUUCUAAUGACGUACCACCUCCAGGUUCUUACGACCCAAAGAUUAAAAACAAAAUUAAGGGAUUAGUAAUUGAGAAAACAGAUAGAUUCCUUGACAGCAAAAGUAUAUCGAGUAGCUGUGCCGAUUGCAACACAUCGACAUCAAGCAAGUCUGCUAGUCUCACAAGCUCCUGUGCAUUCAAAGUACCCCAAUUACCAAAGAAGAAAACCACGACAAAGUCUGUACUCACUUCACCAUCUGUAAAAACUAAUAAAAAAUGCGACUCCAAAUACGACCCAACCAAGGAAUUGGCCGACUUGAAGGUCGAAUGCAUCAACAAAGACAGAACUAUACAGGAGUACGAGAAACAGAUGGAAGAAAUGAAGGACGACAUUCAAAGGCUCGAAAAGCAAUUGAUGGAACUCAAAGAUAAACAAAUAGAAAUCGAGGCUCGGCAUAAAAAGGAUCUAGAUGAAAUGACACAAGACCGUCAUCUGGCAGACAUAGAGAUGAAGACUAAAAUGCAAAAAGUUCAUGAAGAUUUUCAGAUGGAGAUAAGCAAGAUGAAAGAUGAAGAGUGCAAGCUUAAAACCGAAUUGAUAAAUCUAGCAGAGAUUCGAAAUGAUCUUGAAUCCAAACUGCAGCAACGUCAACAUUUGGUUAUUCAGUUACAAUCACAAUUAUCAAUGCUUGAAUGUGAACUAGAUGAAUGUAAAGCUGAAAAUGAAAAUCUAGCUGCAGAGUCUGUUAAAUGGGACACAACCCUUACCGCUAACCAUGAGACUGAAAUAAAAAUUUUGAGAGAAGACUUUCAACGAGAGAAGGAUGACUUACUGAAUCAGUAUCAGAGUGAAAGACGUGAAAUAGUACAAUUGCAGGAUAACCUGCAUUUUGAAACUACUUCUAAGAAAUGUUCAGAAGAGAAAUUGGCAAAACUACAGUGUUUGUAUUCAGAUGUUAAAAGUCGCUUAGAAGAGGCCGAAGGCGAACUUCAAGAGAUCAAAGAUCAUCACUCACAGGUUCUAAAGAAUCAUUCACAGGAAAUUGAAACCUUGAUGCAUCGUCAUGCAGAAGAAAUUGCUCGGCUUAUACAGAGAUCGGAGGAAUUUAAACAGGAAUGUGCAACGGAACGUGAAAAGGGUAGAGUAAUUGAGGAAAAGGCAAUGAGCAAAAUACAGGAAGCAAAAAACUCAGUUGAUGAAGAGGUGCGGAAAGCUGUUGAAAAGUAUGCUGGAUCUUUGUUAUUGAUGGAAUCCAAACUGCAAACGGCACAAGAAAAUUUGGCGCAAAAGGAAACUGAAGCUAUGGAGCUAUCGAUUCAAGUUGAGGAACUCAAAAAUUCUUCUGCCACAAAGGAGAGUUCCAAUCAAAGUUUACAGUCCGAACUUGACCGGACAGAAGCUGAAUUAGCUGAAAAGAGAGAAGAAGUAAAAGUUUUGAAAGACCAACUUCGUAAUGAAGCAGCUGAGAUGGUUACACGACGAAGACGGCUGGACCUCGUCAUGGCAGAAAAUCAAUUGACUGUUUCUGCUAUCAGCGAAAGAUUGGCCAAAAGUGAUACUGAGGUCGAGCGUCUGCAGAGUGAAUUAGAAUGGGAGAGAAUCCGACUGCGGGAACAUAAAGAUUUACUAAAUACUAUGCGCACCAAUUCUACCCAUGCAUACGAUCAAUUGUUAAACUUACUCCAACAGUUGGAUGGAAAGAAAGAGGACAUAGAUCAGUUGGUUGUCAACAACGUAAUAAAGUUUGACACAAUGAAAUCCUUAUUUGACGCUAAGAUAAAAGAAUUGAACGACGUUGCGGCUGCUGAAAUUACAAGACUCGAAGCUGAGUGUGAUAAGGCGAAUGGCUAUAACAGAGAGCUGAAGCAGCAACUGACAGAAAUGACUGGAAAACUGGGCGAAGCUCGAGACCUGUUACUUAGAGUUGAAGAGCAGUAUGAUCGCCAAAGCAUUGAGUUAGCGCAGCUGGAACUGACCUGUCAUAAGCUGGAUAAAUUGUACAAGGAGACGAAUAAAAAGUAUGAAGAAAGUACAGCACAGUUGAUGGAGCAGCAAGUUGUCAUCGACAAGGCAAAGAGCUACAUCGCCGAAUUUACCGACAAACUCGACAUGAUGCAAGAAAGGAGAAGUUGCAAGGAACACUCCGUGAAAAUAGAAAAGGAUAAAGACAAGGUAGAUAAGGUCGAAGCUGAACCAAAAUCGGAGCUUGGAACGGAGUUCAAAUCGGCGGCCGACCUUUCAAAGUUCCUCAAAGAUCGGGAGCUGCUCGAAUCUAACUUGCGAAAAAUCGAGGCAGAGUACAAGGACCUUGCAGACAAAUAUGCCGCAGUUAUUGGUCACAAUAAUCAUAAGCAAAAAAUUCAACAUAUGAUACAAAUGAAGAAAGAAAAACUGCAAUUAAAGGAGGACGUAGAAGCAGCGAAGAGAAUAAUAGCGCAGCAACAGCGUACAAUCGAGAAGCUGCGCUCCGAGGAGCGUAACCGGCAGCUUUUAAAAGAGAAAGAAAAUCUGCCAUCCUCCGUCGUGGCAUCCCCACACAAGCCGACGACACCAUUAAAGGACAGAAAUAUUUGAAUUCUAAUUUUCUGCAUCUUAAAACGGUGGAUCUCCCUUAAUUUGUUGUGUUCAAUAUUAAUUCUAGUAUAAUCCCACCAUUCCGAUCAGUAUCGUUAUCGUUAUUACCAUUAUAUUAUUUAUUCAUGCACAAAAUUCGUUAUGAGUCGCUUGCUUCAACAAAGCAAAGGAACGAACGAAAAUUCCCCCUUUGCCUUACUUUUUAUUUGCGGUGCUCGGCAGGUAACUGUGCGUUAAAAAUAAGAGGACCGUUUUCUUUCUGUACGAUCUUGAAUCCAGUGGCUUAAAAAAUCGUACGAAUAGCAACGAAAAGAAAAAUGAUAGUUUUAAUUGCAAUUUUUUCUUUUUGGAACUCCUGACGUUCGUUUCUUUGUUUGAUUUCAUCGUCAACCUUAGUUUUAAAUACAGAUGAUAUUUUUUUGGUUUCGCACGACAGAAGUGUACGCAGUACUCACUUUUAACUGUGUUUUUAUAAAUCCUACACGUAUCUUUUUUAUUUAUGUUUUUAUACCAAACCGACAUAUUAUGCUUCUGUAUGGCCUGUUGUAAGCGCAUGUUCGUAACUCCCCUUGCCUACACAGAUAUUGUUUUUCCCAUCAACCGAUGUAAUUUAAUAAAGUGUAAACGUAUUUUA